CUUUUUCUGUAACUUUUCCGGCAAACCUUCGCUCAGCUUACAAACCGAAUGCGGCGAACAGUGUGUGCGUGUGUACACAAGCUUGAUGUUUUGACAGCUUGCACGGUGAGAUGUGACGCGGCCCGCGAACCGGUAAUCGGGUUUUAGAUAUUUUACACAGUUUUUAAGAAUUAUUUUGUGUAAAAUUCCAGAAAUAAAUUGUUGCAUGAAAACCAUUUUUUCUGAAUUUUUAAACAUGAAAUGGCAUUUAUUUUCAAUAUUUGCAUCAUUUUGAGCCGGUUCGGCCAACGGUCAACGGUUACCAGUGUCACCCUGUGCUGACAGUCAGAUGCUUUUUGUUUUGCUUUCUGCGCUGCACUGUUUCUCGUGAUUUCAUUUCAAACACGCCGCGUUGCAUCGGACAAAGUUCACGUCCCGCGACGUCGUUCCCCGUUCCGCGAAAGUGCACCGUACCAAACACUCACACACACACUUACACACACACGCCGCAGCCUUAAUCCCUGAAAAUCAGUGCCUGUAUCGGUGAGUCGCACAGUUUAUCUUCAUCCGCAGUAGAGAGUCGCACCGCCCGUCGCUCCUGCGCUCCGCCAACUUGAUUUCGCGUGUGAUUCCGUGCCCCAAAAAGGACUAACCAUUGAACACAAGGACAGCAAAAUGGCAAAACGGGCGGCCGGCUUUCUCAUAUUUCGCCGACUGCGCGAACGUAUCGAGUAUCUGAUGCUGCAGGCUUCGUACGGCCAGCAUCACUGGUCGCCACCGAAAGGUCACGUCGAUCCGGGGGAGGACGAUUAUGCGACGGCCCUGCGGGAAACGACCGAGGAAGCCGGAUACGCCGAAAGUGACCUAAACAUUCACCGGAAGCAAUCGUGCACGCUCGAGUACAAAGUGAAGGGGCACGACAAGGUGGUCGUUUACUGGCUGGCGGAGCUGCGCAAUCCCGCCCAGGAGACGAAGCUGUCCGACGAGCACCAGGACAUGAAGUGGCUGGACUGUGAUGAAGCGAUCCAAAUUGCGGGCUACGAAGACUUCGCGAAGAUGGUACGCGCAUUCGAUGCUAAGAUUAAGGCAAACGAGCUGUGAACGGCGGGGGAGGGGGGGGGGGGGUUGGAGGAGAGAGUGGACGUGUGUGUGUGUUUGUGUGACCGCGUGUAUGUGUGGUUGCGUGUUUCGAUCGAGUACAAGUCUAUUUAUCCGUCUCUUGCACCGUCUCUUGUUCCGCGCUAUGCAGUUUUACACGUAUAUCUCUAUACAUACAUACAUAUAUAUACACACACAUAGACACGUGCGCGCGCGCCAAUCGCUUUCUCUAAUUGGAUAAUUGACAAUUAUCGAUUGUUCUCUAUGACCUACUGUACUGUAAACUUUAGCCACGAUUAUAUAUGAUAUAUGCCGAGUGAAAACUGUUCACUUUAAACCGAGCGAAUAAAUGAGAGUCAUACUCUGACGACGA